UACCGAGAGGAAUGAACCUUUAGAAAAAGAGCUCAACAAUUUUCCCCAUGAUGAUGAUGCUAUGAAGAAAGGGAAUUUAAAUAGUACUACUCUUCUAAACGAGAAACCACGUGGGAAAGGACAAAGACAGUUUACUGAAAGGAAUGAACCUUUAGAUGAUAACUCCAAUAAUUUUUCCGAUGAUGAUUCCACGUACAAAUGGAAUUUGAAUGGUACUACUGCUCUAAACGAGAAACCACAAGGGAAAGGGCAAAGAAAAUUUACUGAGAAGAAUGAAACUUCACAAAAUGAGAUCAAUAAUUUUUCUAAUGAUGAUUCUACGAAGAAAGGAAAUUUGAUUAGCACUACUCUUCUAAACGAGAAAUCGCAUGGGAAAGGACAAAACCAGUCUACUGAGAAGAAUGAGCCUUUAAAAAAUGAGCUCAAUAACUUUUCCAAUGAUGAUUCUACGGAGAAAGGGAAUUUGAUUAACACUACUCUUCUAAACGAGAAACCACAUGGGAAAGGACAAAAUCAGUCUAGUGAGGAGAAUGAGCCUUUACAAAAUGAGCUCAAUAGUUUUUCCAAUGAUGAUUCUACGAAGAAAUGGAAUUUAAUUGGCAGCACUACUCUUCUAAAUGAGAAACCACAUGGGAAGGGACAAAGACAGUUUACUGAGAAGAACGAGACUUCAGAAAAUGAGCUCAAUAAUUUUUCCAAUGAUGAUUCUAUGAAGAAAGGGAAUUUAAGUAGUGCUACUCUUCUAAACGAGAAACCACAUAAGAAAGGACAAAGACAGUUUAUUGAGAGGAAUGAACGUUUAGAAAAUGAGCUCAAUAAGUUUUCCAAUGAUGAUUCUAUGAAGAAAGGGAAUUUAAGUAGUACUACGCUUCUAAACGAGAAACCACAGGGGACAGGACAAAAACAGUUUAAUGAGAGGAAUGAACCUUUAGAAAAUGAGCUCAAUAAUGUUUCCAAUGAUGAUUCUAUGAAGAAAGGAAAUUUAAAAAGUAUUACUCUUCUAAACAAGAAACCACAUGGAAAAGGACAAAGACAGUUUACUGAGAGGAAUGAACCUUUAGAAAAUGAGCUCAAUAAGGUUUCCAAUGAUGAUUCUAUAAAGAAAGGGAAUUUAAGUAGUACCACUCUUCUAAACGAGAAACCACAUGGGAAAGGCCAAAGACAAUUUACUGAGAGUAAUGAACCUUUAGAAAAUGAGCUCAAUAAUGUUUCCAUUGAUGAUUCUAUGAAGAAAGAGAAUUUGAAUAGUACUACUCUUCUAAACGAGAAACCACAUGGGAAAGGACAAAGACAGUUUCCUGUGAGGAAUGAACUUUCAGAAAAUGAGCUCGAUAAGUUUUCCAACGAUGAUUCUACUAAGAAAGGGAAUUUGAGCGGUACUUCUCUUCUAAACGAGAAACCAGAUGGGAUAGGACAAAGACAGUUUACUGAGAGGAAUGAACCUUUAGAAAAUGAGCUCAAUAAUGUUUCUGUUGAUGAUUCUUUGAAGGAAGAGAAUUUGAAUAGUACUACUCUUCUAAACGAGAAACCACAUGGGAGAGGACAAAGACCGUUUACUGUGAGGAAUGAACUUUUAGAAAAUGAGCUCAAUAAGCCUUGUAAUGAUGAUUCUACCAAGAAAGUGAAUUCAAGUAGUACUACUUUUCUAAACGAUGAACCACAUGGGAAGGGACAAAAACAGCUUACUGAGAAGAAUGAACCUUUAGAAAAUGAGCUCAACAAUUUUUCCAAUGAUGAUUCUAUGAAUUUGAAUAGUACUACUCUUCUAAACGAGAAGCCACAUGGGAAAGGACAAAGACAGUUUACUGAGAGGAAUGAACUUUUAGAAAAUGAGCUCAAUAAGUUCUACAAUGAUGAUUCUAUCAAGAAAGGGAAUUUAUGUAGUACUACUCUUCUAAAUGAGGAACCACGUGGGAAAGGACAAAAACAACUUAUUGAGAAGAAUGAACCUUUAGAAAAUGAGCUCAAUAAUUUUUCCGAUGAUGAUUCUUUGAAGAAAGGGAAUUUAGGUAGUACUAUUCUAAACGAGAAACCACAUGAAAAAGGACAAAGACAGUUCACUGAGAGGAAUGAACCUUUAGAAAAUGAGCUCAAUACUUUUUCCAAUGAUGAUUCCGCGAAGAAAGGGAGUCUAAAUAGUAUUAUUCUUCUAAACAAGAAACCACAUGAACACCCAAGAUUGAUGAGUGACAAAAUCGGAGAUGGGGAAAAUGUAGAAAUUCCUCUACAAUCUGCUGAGAAUUAUGAGCAAAUCAGCAAUCAGACCCUUAAUCAGCCAGAGGAAAUUAAUACUUUGAAUGAUUUUCCUGUUUAUACCGCAUGCCAUGAAGACAUUAAUACAAGUGGCAAGUUUCUUAGCAAUAAAACUGAAUUGAAGGCUGAAGUUGAAAGGCUACGAGAAGAGCUGAGGGAAGCUGCUGCUCUCGAAGUUUCAAUGUACUCAGUUAUUGCUGAACAUGGUAGCUCGUCAAACAAGGUCCAUGCACCUGCUCGGCGCCUUUCUAGAUUCUAUUUCCACGCUUGUAGAGUUGGGUCUCCUGCUACAAUAGCUAGUGCAGCCCAGAAUGCUGUCUCGGGAUUUGUUUUGGUUUCUAAAGCAUGUGGAAAUGACGUUCCAAGGUUGACAUUUUGGUUCUCAAAUAUAUUAUUGCUGAGAGCAAUUGUGAGCAAAGAAGUUGAAAAUGUACACUUUGGUGAUGGUUCAUGCAUCAACAGUGAAUGUGAUGCAGUUGGCAACACUCUUCGUAAAGAAGAAAAUGGCAACAUAGAAAAACAAUUUCAUAGCUGGGAGAAUCCAAAAACAUUUUUAAUUGCAUUAGAAAAGGUUGAAGCGUGGAUAUUCUCUCGAAUUGUUGAGUCUGUCUGGUGGCAGACUCUUACACCAUACAUGCAGUCUGGAGUUGCAAAAAGCACUAAUUCUAAGAAAGCAGAUGAAAGAAGAACCCGUGUGGGUGAUCAAGAUCAAGGAAGUUUUUCUAUUUAUUUAUGGAAAAGAGCUUUCAAGGAUGCAUGUGAAAGGCUUUGUCCUCUUCGGACUGGUUUUCAUGAGUGUGGCUGCUUGGCUGUGAUAGCUAGAUUGGUGAUGGAGCAGUUGGUUAGUAGACUUGACUUCGCUAUGUUCAAUGCUAUUCUUCGGGAAUCCGCUGAGGAGAUGCCCAUGGAUCCUGUAUCUGACCCCAUUAGUGAUUCUAAGGUUCUUCCAAUUCCAGCUGGGAAAUCAGGUUUUGCGGCUGGUGCACAACUGAAGAAUGCUAUUGGUGACUGGUCAAGAUGGCUUUCAGAUUUAUUUAGCAUUGAUGAUAGUGAAUCUUGCGAAGUUACCAAUGAAAACGAUGAACCCAAAUGUGAAUCAUCCUUCAAACCUUUCCUUCUCCUCAAUGCCUUAAGCGAUUUGAUGAUGCUUACCUUGGACAUGCUUGCAGAUGGGUCUACGAGAAAAGAGGUUUGCCCUAGAUUUGGUAUUUCAUUGAUUAAACGAGUUGUCAACAAUUUUGUUCCUGAUGAAUUCUCCCCAGGCCCUAUCCCGGAUGCUGUUUUCGAUGCCCUGAACAGUGAGGAUAUUGAGGAUGAUGUAGGAGCUAUUACAAGCUUGCCAUGUUCUGCUGGUCCCACGUUCUAUGCACCACUUCCAGCUUCUUCAAUUCUAGGCAUGCUACAAGAAGCGGGAACCAAAACUUCACUAAGACGUGGGUCAUUUGCUCUCAAAAAAUUAUAUACCAGUGAUGAUGAACUUGAUGAGUUGGAUUCACCACUUUCUGCACUUGGCAUGGAUGAACCAUCGACUGCACUAAUUAAGGGAGGCCGUAAGGUUGUACGAUAUGAGCUCUUGCGGGAAGCCUGGAAGAGUAGUGAAUAGUCAAUGAUGACUCUGUGUUCCUAUCAAUGUUUGUUUCCUUGUAUAUAAUACACAUUUUUCAUUUAGCCCAGAAUAUUGUCCCUUUGUUUUUAAAAUAAAAGUAUUGUCCUUGUAAUCUUAUACUUUUUUACCCUUAAAAGUUGCAAGAAAGUUACAGUCAUUUUCAUAUAGAUGUUUUCUUCCAAGACAUCCUACUAUGAGCAGUUCUUACCUGGUCUGGGAUAGUAAAAUAUUACUCCAGUUUGAUGGAUACAGAUAUGAAAUCUGAUUCCUCCAAAUUGAUGAAUGUAUUUUAGAGGACUUUAGAGUUU